AUGGGAGAUGGAGGUCCCCUGCAGACCGAGGGAAAUGCCCUCCUCAAAGCCGUCUUCCAGGGAAAGCUGAGGCUGACCCGCCUGCUGCUGGAGGGUGGCGCCUACAUCAAUGAGGGCAACGAGCGUGGAGAGACCCCCAUCGCCGCCGCCUGCCUGGGCAGCUACGAGGACCCGCAGACCCGGCAGAGGAUGCUGCGGUACCUUCUGGAGAAAGGUGCGGACCCCAACAUCCCAGAUAAGAGCGGCCGGACAGCUCUGAUGCACGCGUGUGCCGAGCAGGCGGGGAAGGAGGUGGUGACGCUGCUGCUGGAGAACGGGGCUGACCCCAGCCUCAAAGACUACUCUGGAUCCUCCGCCCUCGUCCAUGCUAUCAACACAGGCGACCAUGACACCCUGCAGGUCCUGCUUGAUGCCUGCAAGGCAAAAGGAAAGGAAGUUAUUAUUAUCACCACCGACACGUCUCCGUCAGGAACCAAGAAGAUUAAACAGUACCUCAACUCCCCCCCCUCCCCAGCUAUCGUGGAUAAGUUGUCUCCGGCCUGUAUGUCUCCGUCGGAGGUGGAGAUCACCACCUCCUCCUCAGGAGGAGAUAAGAGCGACGAAGGGAUCUUCAGCUUUGCCCUCACGUCAGCUUUACCUCUACCUUCAGCCCGACCUCCAGGUGAGAAGAGGCCACCGCCUCGCAAGCUGCUGAAGAGGCUGAACUCGGAGCCCUGGGGCCUGGUGGCGCCCUCGGUGCUGAGCGGCGUCUCUCAGGACCGAGGUCUGGAGGAGGCGAGCGGCUGUGAUGUCAGCAGGACGGUGGCUGAGAUGAACGGCCUGUCCAUCACAGAGCGGGUCAGACCUCUGCUGUCACGGAGACACAGCAUCGAAACCCAUGACCCCUGCUCCCCCCAACUGAUGGAUCGGUCCUGCUCAGAGGACUGCCCCACCCUCUCUGGCUCCUGGGCCGACAAAGUGCAGCAACAUCAGAUCUUGUAUCGUAGGAACACGGCCCCGGAGUCACAGGAAAAUGCUGGAGGACCUGGGGCGGUUCCAGCUCGGGUCCUGGCUUAUCCGAAACUGACCCGGAUGGAGCACUAUGAGUCAGACACUCACCUCUGUCCAGAGUCCAUCCCUGGAUCUCCAGACUCGGGUCGGGUGUCUGUGGAGCGGAGGAGGUACAAUGCCUCCCCCAUGUCCCUGUUCAGCAGCUCCCCCAGGGAGUCACUGGAGAACAUCCCCAACUCUGUGUCCCCCAUUACCAUGCGCCGCCGUCCCCCGGGAAUCCUGGAGCGCAGAGGCUCUGGGACUCUCCUGCUGGACCACAUCUCCCACACCAGACCUGGCUUCCUGCCUCCACUCAACAUCAACCCUCAGAGACCCAUCCCCGACAUCCGUUCAAAUGGUAAGUCCACCUCCCCGGUUCAUGCUGCACACAAGAUCCUGGUCCCGGUGGCCCCGGCUUCGCCCAAAAGGGGGCUGGACUUCAAGAUGAAAAAGAAACUCAUGAGGAGACACUCAAUGCAGACGGAGCAGAUGAAGCAGCUCUCCACCUUCCAGGAGAUUCUGGCUGAGAAGGUCAUUGAGUCCAAUGGAGAUUGA